AAAAGCACCAACCAUCUCAUAGAAGAGAACUGAAAAAACUACGUAUCAAAUAACCGAUACUUGUGUCUGAAAUUCUAGAACAAUCUUCUGUGUAAAAAAAUGGCGGAUCAGUUGACUGAUGACCAGAUCUCUGAGUUUAAGGAGGCUUUCAGUUUGUUCGACAAGGAUGGAGAUGGUUGCAUCACAACUAAGGAGCUUGGAACUGUGAUGAGAUCGCUGGGACAGAACCCCACCGAAGCUGAACUCCAGGACAUGAUAAACGAGGUGGAUGCAGAUGGUAAUGGAACCAUUGACUUCCCAGAAUUUCUAAACCUCAUGGCCAGGAAGAUGAAGGAUACCGAUUCCGAGGAGGAGCUGAAAGAGGCAUUCAGAGUCUUCGACAAGGAUCAAAAUGGCUUCAUCUCCGCUGCUGAGCUUCGCCAUGUGAUGACUAACCUUGGGGAGAAGCUUACUGAUGAAGAAGUUGAUGAGAUGAUUAGGGAAGCAGAUGUGGAUGGUGAUGGUCAAAUUAACUAUGAGGAGUUUGUUAAGGUCAUGAUGGCCAAGUGAUUGCACCAUCUCUUGUUAAAGUUUAAGUUUAGACUUGUUAAAAAUGUGAAAAAAUCCAAAAAUAUUUCAUUGGAUAGGAUCUGCCUAGUAUAAUGUGUUUCGUCUUACCAUCUGGAUGUGUUGGACCUUGAAUGAAUGUAAUUUAUUGUUGUAA